ACAGAAGAUGUUUCAACAGGUUUCUCUCUGGAGAAGUUUCGCUCUGGGGAUCACCCUCGGCUCUCUCUUUGCGAUCUGCUUGGGCCAGUAUGACGACGACUGGCAAUAUGAGGAUUGCAAACUAGCUAGGGGAGGACCUCCAGCGACCAUAGUUGCUAUUGAUGAAGAGAGCCGGAAUGGUACAAUUCUGGUGGACAACAUGUUGAUCAAAGGGACCGCCGGAGGACCAGAUCCCACCAUCGAGCUCUCUUUAAAGGACAAUGUGGAUUACUGGGUGUUGUUGGAUCCUGUUAAACAAAUGCUCUUCCUGAACAGCACGGGCAGAGUUCUGGAUAGAGAUCCACCAAUGAACAUACACUCCAUCGUGGUGCAAGUCCAGUGCAUCAAUAAAAAAGUGGGCACUGUCAUCUACCAUGAAGUGCGAAUCGUGGUGAGAGACAGGAAUGACAACUCACCCACAUUCAAGCAUGAAAGCUACUAUGCCACAGUGAAUGAGCUCACUCCAGUUGGCACCACAAUAUUUACAGGAUUUUCAGGGGACAAUGGAGCUACAGAUAUUGAUGAUGGCCCAAACGGACAGAUAGAAUAUGUCAUUCAGUAUAAUCCGGAAGACCCGACCUCCAAUGACACCUUUGAAAUCCCCCUCAUGUUAACUGGGAACGUAGUGCUAAGGAAGAGACUCAACUAUGAAGAUAAGACCCGCUACUUUGUCAUCAUCCAAGCUAAUGACCGCGCACAAAAUCUGAAUGAACGGCGGACCACCACCACCACCCUCACCGUGGAUGUUCUAGACGGAGAUGACUUGGGUCCAAUGUUUCUUCCAUGUGUCCUUGUGCCAAACACUCGUGACUGUCGCCCACUCACCUAUCAAGCUGCCAUCCCUGAGUUGAGAACUCCGGAAGAACUGAACCCCAUUAUUGUUACCCCACCGAUCCAAGCCAUUGAUCAGGACCGGAACAUUCAGCCACCAUCAGAUAGACCAGGGAUUCUCUAUUCCAUUCUUGUUGGGACUCCUGAGGAUUACCCACGAUUUUUCCAUAUGCACCCUAGGACUGCAGAACUUAGUCUCCUGGAGCCAGUAAACAGAGACUUUCACCAGAAAUUUGAUUUGGUUAUUAAGGCUGAACAAGACAAUGGUCAUCCUCUUCCUGCUUUUGCCAGUCUACACAUCGAAAUACUGGAUGAAAAUAAUCAGAGCCCCUAUUUCACCAUGCCCAGUUAUCAGGGUUAUAUACUGGAAUCUGCCCCAGUAGGAGCAACCAUUUCUGACAGUCUAAAUUUGACCACUCCUCUAAGAAUUGUAGCUCUGGACAAAGACAUAGAAGAUACAAAAGACCCAGAGCUGCAUCUUUUUCUGAAUGACUACACCUCAGUAUUCACCGUCACGCAGACUGGUAUCACUCGCUUCCUCACCUUACUUCAACCUGUGGACAGGGAGGAACAGCAAACCUACACUUUUUCGAUAACAGCAUUUGAUGGUGUGCAAGAAAGUGAGCCAGUUAUUGUCAAUAUUCGAGUGAUGGAUGCCAACGACAACACUCCAACCUUCCCUGAAAUAUCCUAUGAUGUCUACGUUUACACAGACAUGAGCCCUGGGGAUAGUGUCAUACAGCUCACUGCCGUGGACGCAGACGAAGGGUCAAAUGGGGAGAUCACCUAUGAAAUCCUGGCUGGGGCUCAGGGGGACUUCAUCAUCAAUAAAACAACAGGGCUUAUCAGCAUCGCGCCAGGGGUGGAAUUGAUAGUCGGGCGGACGUAUGCGCUCACGGUCCAGGCAGCGGAUAACGCUCCUCCUGCGGAGAGAAGGCACUCCAUCUGCACCGUCUACAUUGAAGUACUUCCUCCAAAUAAUCAAAGCCCUCCUCGUUUCCCACAGCUGAUGUAUAGCCUUGAAAUCAGUGAAGCCAUGAGGAUUGGUGCUGUUUUAUUAAAUCUGCAGGCAACUGAUCGAGAGGGAGACCCAAUAACAUAUGCCAUUGAGAAUGGAGAUCCUCAGCGAGUUUUUAAUCUUUCAGAAACUACUGGGAUUCUCACCUUAGGGAAAGCACUGGACAGAGAAAGCACGGAUCGCUACAUUUUGAUCAUCACAGCUUCAGAUGGCCGGCCAGAUGGGACCUCAACUGCCACAGUAAACAUAGUAGUGACAGAUGUCAAUUUCAAUGCUCCAGUGUUUGAUCCCUAUCUGCCUAGAAAUUUAUCUGUGGUGGAAGAAGAAGCCAAUGCCUUUGUGGGUCAAGUAAGGGCAACGGACCCUGAUGCUGGAAUAAAUGGCCAAGUACACUACAGUUUGGGAAACUUCAAUAAUCUUUUUCGCAUCACAUCCAACGGAAGCAUUUAUACAGCUGUGAAGCUUAACAGAGAAGUCCGGGACUACUAUGAACUUGUUGUUGUGGCAACCGAUGGAGCAGUACACCCUCGUCAUUCAACUCUAACACUGGCCGUCAAGGUUUUGGAUAUUGAUGACAAUAGUCCUGUCUUCACCAAUUCUACAUACACUGUUGUUGUUGAAGAGAAUCUGCCUGCUGGGACCACCUUUCUUCAAAUUGAGGCCAAAGAUGUGGACCUUGGAGCCAAUGUAUCAUACCGGAUAAGGAGUCCAGAAGUGAAGCACUUCUUCGCACUACAUCCAUUUACAGGAGAACUCUCUCUUCUAAGGAGUUUGGAUUAUGAGGCAUUUCCAGACCAGGAAGCAAGUAUCACUUUUCUGGUGGAGGCCUUUGAUAUUUAUGGAACUAUGCCACCUGGUAUUGCUACUGUCACAGUGAUAGUAAAGGACAUGAAUGAUUAUCCUCCUGUGUUUAGUAAACGAAUCUACAAAGGAAUGGUAGCUCCAGAUGCAGUCAAGGGAACACCUAUCACUACCGUUUACGCAGAAGAUGCAGACCCUCCUGGAUUACCUGCAAGUCGUGUGAGGUAUAGAGUAGAUGAUGUCCAGUUUCCGUACCCGGCCAGUAUUUUUGAUGUGGAAGAAGAUUCUGGAAGAGUAAUAACUCGAGUCAAUCUUAAUGAAGAACCUACAACAAUUUUUAAGUUGGUGGUUGUUGCCUUUGAUGAGGGGGAGCCUGUGAUGUCCAGUAGUGCCACGGUGAAAAUCCUUGUCUUACAUCCUGGAGAGAUCCCACACUUCACACAAGAGGAAUAUAGGCCUCCUCCAGUAAGCGAACUUGCAAGCAGAGGAACCCUGGUUGGAGUCAUUUCUGCUGCAGCCAUCAAUCAGAGUAUUGUGUAUUCCAUUGUUUCGGGAAAUGAAGAAGAUACGUUUGGGAUUAAUAACGUCACUGGAGCGAUCUUUGUGAACGCACCUCUAGAUUAUGAGACGAGGACAAGCUAUGUACUUCGAGUCCAGGCAGAUUCCCUGGAAGUGGUCCUGGCCAAUCUCCGAGUCCCUUCAAAAAGCAAUACAGCUAAAGUGUACAUUGAGAUUCAGGAUGAAAAUGAUCACCCUCCAGUGUUUCAGAAAAAAUUCUAUAUUGGAGGGGUAUCUGAAGAUGCAAGAAUGUUUGCUUCUGUGCUCAGAGUGAAGGCUACUGAUAAAGAUACUGGUAAUUAUAGUGCCAUGGCAUACAGACUCAUAAUCCCGCCCAUUAAAGAGGGAAAGGAAGGCUUUGUGGUGGAAACAUACACAGGGCUUAUCAAAACUGCUAUGCUCUUCCAUAAUAUGAGGAGAUCCUACUUCAAGUUUCAAGUUAUCGCAACUGAUGACUAUGGGAAAGGACUGAGCGGCAAAGCAGAUGUACUUGUCUCUGUGGUCAAUCAACUGGAUAUGCAAGUCAUUGUCUCUAAUGUGCCCCCUACUCUAGUGGAAAAGAAGAUAGAAGACCUGACAGAGAUUUUGGAUCGCUAUGUUCAGGACCAAAUUCCUGGUGCCAAGGUUGUAGUGGAGUCCAUUGGUGCUCGUCGGCACGGAGAUGCCUUUUCUCUGGAAGAUUACACCAAAUGUGACUUGACCGUCUAUGCAAUCGACCCCCAAACCAACAGAGCCAUUGAUAGAAAUGAACUUUUCAAAUUUUUGGAUGGCAAACUGCUCGAUAUCAAUAAAGACUUUCAGCCGCAUUAUGGGGAAGGAGGACGCAUUCUAGAGAUCCGAACUCCAGAGGCUGUGACCAGCAUUAAGAAGCGAGGAGAAAGUCUUGGAUACACAGAAGGAGCGUUACUUGCUCUGGCCUUCAUCAUCAUCCUCUGCUGUAUCCCUGCCAUCCUGGUGGUUCUGGUCAGCUACAGACAGUUUAAAGUACGCCAAGCUGAGUGCACCAAGACAGCACGAAUUCAAUCGGCCUUACCAGCAGCUAAACCAGCAGUGCCCGCUCCUGCGCCGGUGGCAGGGCCCCCACCACCGCCACCACCACCUCCGGGUGCGCAUCUCUAUGAAGAGCUUGGAGACAGCACGAUGCAUAAUCUUUUCCUUCUCUACCAUUUUCAACAAAGCAGGGGAAAUAACUCAGUCUCAGAAGACAGGAGACAUCAACAAGUUGUGAUGCCCUUUCCUUCCAAAACUAUCGAGGCUCCCAAGCCAGAUCCGAUAGAUGGAUUACUUAAGAACAGCCAGCCGAAAUCUCCAAGAAAAUUCACAUUUCUAUCUGAUGAGGAUGCCCUGAGUAGUCAUAACCCUUUUUAUAAUGAAAACAUAGGUCAAAGAUCAACAAAUUCAGACUUGUCACUGAGAACAGAUUUUGUAGAUCCAUUUUCAUCCCGAACAAGAGCUAAGAACAAGUCCCUGAGGGGCUCAAAGGAAAAGAUUCAGAGGAUGUGGAACCAGUCACUCAGUUUACCUAGGAGACUGAUGAGGAAAGUUCCAAACAGACCAGACGCCAUAGAUCUGGAGCAAUGGCAAAACGCCAGGCAGAAAGCUGAAAAUAAAAGCACUGGAAUGUAUCCAAACAAAAGAGAUAGCAGCAAACCACUGCUCACAACUGAAGGUGCAGAUAUGACAGAGAAGGAGGAAACCAGGCAAGGCGAGUCACUGAUCAUGAAGGAAGCAGAACAGUUACAGCCCCUGUCUUCAGACUCUUCCUUUCCUGCUUCUUGGCCUCACUUCUCGGUUUCCACUUUACCAACUGUUUCAAGAACUGUGGAACUCAAAUCAGAACCUGAUGUCAUCAAGUCUGCUGAUCAUUCCUUGGAACUUUCUCCUCCAAGCCCUUGUGUUUUAAAUUCUCCACCUGUUAGGAAAGAGACCCCCACUUGUAUGUUUGCUGUUGGAGCCAAAAGGAAUAUUUUUGAAAAUCUUUCCAUUCCACCAAACACCUCUCCUUCUCCUCCCUCCCGCUUUUCCCCUCCUCUUCCUUCUCCUCCUUCAAUUCCUCCUCCUCCUCCUCCUGUCUUCACUUCUUUUUCUCUUUCCCGUUUUCUUCCUUCUCCUCCUUCUAUACCCCCUCCUCUUCCUCCUCUUCCACUUUUUCCACUUUCUAUGUCUACUUCUGCUCCCUCUACUUCCCCUCCACCUACUCCACCAUCACCUCCCUCUUUUCCUCCAUCACCUCCUCCUCUUCCUUGUCCACUGCCACCUUCAGCUUCAGAGUGUGAAGUUUGUAAGUCAGAGUGUGUUUGUAAGCCAGUUGUUAAAUGCACUACGAACAUGACCCCUGCCAAAGAAACUGAAUGUUCUGUGACACACCUAUCAACAUCAAAAACAGAAUGUACUGCAGACCCUCAAAGAGAACCAAAAGGCAUCCUCAAACAUAUUAAAAACUUAGCAGAACUUGAAAAGUCAGUAGCUAACAUGUACAGUCAAAUAGAAAAGAACUGUACACCCACAAAUGUCUCAAAACUUCAAACUUGCCCUUCAGAGGUAACAAAUAUGGAAGUCACAUCUGAACAAAGCCUGGAGAAUUUGAACAAUGUUGUUGAGGUAACUGAAAAACAAUCUCACAGGCAAUCUACUACACUAUAAUGUUGCAUUUUUUUCCUGUUU